AUGACAUCAAAUCCAAAUCAAGAUUUAACAUUUUUCAAACCCAAUUCCAUAAUAUCUGAUGAUAUUAUAAAUUCAAAUAAUGCAUACUUAUCGGUAAUUACAAACACACAAGGAGUUUUAUCAAAUUGGUUAAUCAAUUCAUUAAUUGAAAAUUCCCUACAAGGGACCGCAAAUUUAAUAAAUCGAGAUUUAACUAAAAAACAAUUAAACAGAACCAAGGUCACUUAUAUAUCAUUCACGAAUAACAAAGAAUUUUAUGUCAAAAAUUUAAAAAGAAAUGGUAUUGAUGUGAAUUUUAAUCAAAAUUUUGAAUUCAUUGAUUAUUUCACCAAUUUAUUUAUAAAUAAAAUUAAAACUGACGAAGACAUACCGAAACUAUUUGAUAUGAAACUAGAUCCAAAAACAGUAUUGUUCGUAGAAAAUCCUGAAAUUUUACUAUAUUCUACAAAUUUGUCAAGUAAUCGAUUAUUAAGUCAUAUUUUGAGUCUAAGUAAACAAUGUGCUCAAACAUUUAUAAUAGCUUCAAAAGAUUUGAUUGAUAUGGAAAACACAACAAAUGACCCACAGGAUCUUGGUUUCAAACUUCAUGAUUUUUUAACUAAGUUGUACCAUCGAUCAAUUAUGAAUAUUAAUUUACAACCAUUAAAAACCGGUAGAGCUAAAGAUAUAACUGGUUCAUUAACUGUAUCUAAAGGUUCUAUUCCCAGUAAUGAUUUAAUUGAAAAAGAAUAUGUUUACAACAUUACUAAAGAUGGAAAUUUAAAGAUAUAUUAUAGAUAG